GCGGCUCUCCGGAGUCUCGCGCGUGGACAAACAGCGGCGGUCAUUUCACAGCAGUGAGGGAGGAGAAGAGAGAAGCCGAGCUGCGGUCCGCGUUAACCGGCUGAGAGCUGAGUGUGUGAGAGUGUGUGAGAGUGUGUGUGUGUGUGUGUGUGUGUGUCAGUGUGACUGCGCUGCUUCUAGAGGAAGCUCGCUCCCGUGUGUGUCUCUGCGCUGCUGCACGCUCGCGGUGUUCGGACCGGCUGUGCGCGCGCUUUACCGGCUCCGAGAAAGAAGCCAUAUCUGGGCAAAGUAUUCACCAGCGCUAUAUAUAGAUAACACCGGAGCGCGGGACUGUGCGGUCCUGAGGGUUUGAGGAGGAAGUUUUUUUUCAUCCUGGUUCCUGCCUCCCCUUCCUCCUCCACCCGUCCUCCACCUGUCCUCCACCCGUCCUCCACCUGUCCUCCACCCGUCCUCCACUCCUCCUCCACUCGUCCUCCACCCGUCCUCCAUCAUGUCGUACCGUAAGGAGAUGGAGAAAUACCGGGACGUGGACGAGGAUGAGCUCCUGCAGAAGCUCAGUGAGGAAGAGCUCAGGAGACUCGAGGAUGAACUCGAAGAGCUCGACCCUGACAACGCUCUGUUACCGGCGGGUCUGAGACAGAGAGAUCAGACGAAAAAAGCUCCGACCGGAACGUUCCACAGAGACAAUCUGCUGGCUCACCUGGAGAAACAGGCCAAGGAGCAUCCGGAUCGAGACGACCUGGUGCCGUAUACGGGAGAGAAGAGAGGAAAGCCGUGGGUUCCAAAGACGAAGGUUGUUGAUCCGAUUCUGGAAGACGUCACACUGGAGCCGGAGCUGGAGGAAGCUUUAGCCAGCGCUACAGAUGCAGAGCUGUGUGACAUCGCAGCUAUCCUGGGCAUGCACACUUUGAUGAGUAAUCAGCAGUAUUAUGAAGCUUUGGCCAGCAGCACCAUCGUCAACAAACAGGGUUUAAACAGUGUGAUCCAGUGUGCUCAGUAUAAGCAAAUUCCCGAUGAGCAUCCCAACGACACCGAUGUGGAACAGACGCUAGUGAGGAUUAAACACAAUGACCCUGAACUCCUGGAGGUCAACCUGAACAACAUCAAGAAUAUUCCCAUCACCACUCUGAAAGCGUACGCUGAGGCUCUGAAAGAAAACACAGUAGUGGAACGACUGAGCAUCGUAGGAACACGGAGCAACGAUCCUGUGGCCUACGCGUUAGCCGACAUGCUGCGAGUAAACGCCACACUGAAGUGUUUGAACGUUGAGUCGAACUUCAUCACGGGAAACGGAAUCCUCGCUCUGGUGGAGUCGCUGCAGCACAACACAACACUGCAGGAGCUCAAAAUCGACAACCAGAGUCAGCCCCUGGGUAAUAAGGUGGAGAUGGAGAUCGCCAGCAUGUUGGAGAAAAACAGCACGCUGCUAAAAUUCGGAUAUCAUUUCACACAGCAGGGUCCUCGCUUACGCUGCUCUAACGCUAUGAUGAACAACAACGACCUGGUGCGUAUAGUUCGCUCAGAUUCCGACGGAGCCAUCACCUUCACUCUGUCCGUCCCCGAGCUGGAGCGAGCCUUCUGUAAAAAAUUCAAGUUCUCCUCGAAACCCAAGUAAAUUAAGAAAGAGAAGGCGUGAAAGCGGCCCGAUUUUCCCUAAAUGUCGGACAGACGUGUAGCAGCGGCCGUGACAGCGCCCCCUGGUGGCCUGGAGGUCUGCAGCCGACUGCAUUCUUUCUUUCCCUCUCUGGUUGUAAUUCUACUGUAAUGUACUCAGUACACACACACACACACACACUUUGAUGCCUUUGAAGCCUUAUGAAUAACUGUAGAAUGUACUGAAUGAAAGGCUGGGAAUGAAAUAUCGUAGACUUUGUGAGUAAAUUUAAGAUGGAGGUCGUGUUCACAGGAAGUGAUGAACUGCAGUGUAUCAAUCACAGAGUUGUUGUCACGAAGCAAUAAUUCUUUAUAAAGCUCAGAUUGUUCAGAUGAGUUGUGUUUUAAUUACAUAAUAAAAUAAUUGUGGUUUGGAUGCGUGUGAGAUCGGUUUAUUUCUAAAUACAGAGAACAGCAUCGGAGUCCAUAGAUGGGAAAGUGGGCGUGUCUCUGAGUCUAUAUAUAUAAAUAACCUGAGAGAAUGUUUAGCGUAAUGCUAAAAUGCUAAAACAGCAACUGAUUAACUUUGUUUUUGAUAUUCUGUGUGAUGUUUUCUUUUUCCUGCUAGACACGUUCAGUCCUUUCUUUCUUCCUCCCCUCUCUCUCUCUCUCUCUCUCUCUCUCUCUCGCUCACUCUGUCUCUCUCUCUCUCUCUGUCUCUCUCUCUCUGUCUCUCUCUCUGUCUCUCUCUCUUUGUCUCUCUCUCUCUCUUCCUGUAUUUAAAUGAAUGGUAAAUCUGUGUGUAAGGAAAUUUGAAUGGAAACAACAGAAAUGAAAACAUUCAAAAUAUUUCAAAUAAAAAUAUUAUUCCUAACGUA